AUGCCGGGGAGUUUGGUGCAGGAGGUCAAGCGCCUCGACGUGAAGGAGGAACCCCAAGAGAUGGCUUGUAAAAGCGAGCCAGAGGAGUCCGAUGAUGAGACGGCGGCUGCAGCUGGGGACGGCGCGGAAACUGCGCCAGGAGGAGAAGAAGGAGCAGCAACAGCCGCAGGCAAGCAGAAGAAGAAAAAGAAGAAGAAGAAGAGCGCUACGAACGCCGUCGGGGGAGGAGGGGGGGGCACAGCUAGGGCUUUAGGGUUUGUUGCAACGCAAGACAACUCGGCUCUUAGACGCCUAGGCAACUGGCCAGAGGAGAAGCCUUCCAUGCAGACUACACCCCCCACCAAGACAAUGCAAGAGCUUUUCCCAAGUGGGAACUUUCCAAAAGGGGAGAUUCAAAUGUACUGCUCGUCCCCCGGCACUGCAGAGGCGCGCGAGGCAGAGCGAUUCGCUGCCGUGGAUAUUGAGGCUUUGCGGGAAGCAGCCGAAUGCCACAGACAAGUGCGUCGGUAUGCCCAGAGUUUGCUGCAACCAGGGGUGUCUCUGACGUACUUGUGUCAGAAGCUUGAGGCAAAGACGGAAGCCCUUAUAGGGGCGAAGGGCAUUGAGAGGGGCAAGGGAUUCCCUACGGGCUGCUCCCUCAACGAAUGUGCAGCCCAUUAUACCCCGAAUCCAGGAGAAGAUCGCAUUCUUGGACAGGGUGGGAAAGAGAGAAGGGAGGACAGGGGAGGGGGGCUUUGUUUGAGAUGGUUUGAGGGGGAUAUUUGCAAGUUGGACUUUGGAGUGCAAGUCCGGGGCCGCAUCAUUGACUGCGCGUUUUCUAUUGCCUUCGAUCCGAAAUUCGAUCCUCUUAUCCAGGCAACGCAGGAGGCCACCAACGUCGGGCUUCGUCUCGCCGGCGUGGAUGCGAGGCUGUCUGAGAUCGGAUGCGCAAUUGAAGAGACGAUAUCUUCCUUCGAGUGCUCCAUGGACGGCUCCGUCUUCCCCGUGAAGCCUAUUCGGAAUCUUACGGGGCACUCUAUUGCACCGUACAGGAUUCAUGCAGGCAAAUCUGUGCCCAUUGUGAAGUCAGCGCAGCACAGUCAAGCCGCGUUCAACCGAAUGGAGGAGGGCGAGUUGUACGCCAUCGAGACUUUCGCCACAACGGGGAAAGGCUUUGUGCAAGAUGACGGUGACUGCUCCCACUACAUGAAAAACUUUGAAUGCGGAUUUGUCCCGCUCAGACUCAAGAGUGCUAGGGACCUUUUGAAGGUUAUCGACGAGCACUUUGGCACUCUGGCAUUUUGCCGCCGUUGGCUAGACGCUGCGGGAGCACCGCAGCAUCAAAUGGCUUUGCAGCAGCUCGUCAAAACAGGGAUUGUAGUUCCUUACCCUCCCUUGUCAGACGUCAUGGGCUCCUUUACCUCCCAGAUGGAGCACACAGUCUACAUUGGCAUGCACGGAAAGGAAGUGCUUUCUAGGGGCCCCGACUUUUAG